AUUGGCCUAUAUAAACACAUACAAAGAAGGGUUUACCAUAACAACACUCAGCAAAACUUGAAACCAUACAAAAGCUUUCUCCACUUGCAGGGUCCUUACUAAUUCUUCCCCUUGUUUAAUUGAUUGUCUAUAUUGAACUAAACGACCAUGGCUAUCCGUAUGCCUCGUAUAAUCAAGAAGUCUUCUACAGCUGGCGAUGUUCCAAAAGGCCACUUUGCUGUUUAUGUAGGGGAGAAGCAAAAGAAGAGAUUUGUAAUCCCCAUAUCAUUCUUGAGCCAACCUUUAUUUCAAGACUUGCUUAGUCAAGUUGAGGAAGAAUUUGGCUUCGAUCAUCCAAUGGGCGGUGUCACAUUUCCCUGUAGUGAGGAUGUGUUCAUUGAUCUUACUUCUCGCUUGAAUAGGAUCUGAGGCUUUUAUUUUCACAAUUUUGUAAAGAACAGGAUUUGCAGUUUGUACAUUAGAGGAAUUAGGAAACACACAUUAUUUACUUAUCUAGAGUGUCAGCUGGAACUGUAGAUCCCAAUUUAGAAUACAAUUUCCAGUAACUUAACAAAUGAAAUCUGUUCAGACUCAUUCAUUAUCC